CUGCAUUUCUAACACAGACAGUUGCUCUGGAUGAUAAUACAACCGUUAAAUUCGAAAUCUGGGAUACAGCAGGGCAAGAGCGUUAUAAGAGCUUGGCUCCAAUGUAUUACAGAAAUGCAAAUUGUGCCGUAGUAGUUUAUGACAUAACUCAACCUUCAUCUUUGGAAAAAGCUAAAUCUUGGGUGAAAGAAUUGCAAAGACAGGCCGACCCAAAUAUUGUCAUUGCACUCGCCGGUAAUAAAAGUGAUCUGAGCGCACGUAGAGUAAUUGAUACUGAGACGGCACAAAAUUAUGCGGCAGAUACUGGCCUUUUGUUUUUCGAAACGUCUGCAAAAACAUCUGCUAAUGUCAAUGAACUAUUUACAUCAAUAGCGAGAAAAAUGCCGCUUGAUCAAUUAGCUGCUAAUACACGUGCACGAGGAACCAAUUUGAAUCAAAGAGGCGUUGACUUGAAUCGUCCAGUAGCCCAUAAUGCUUGUUCUUGUUAA